UCAGGAAGCCCAUUGGUCGGCGGCAGUAGGUUAAACCGAGAAUCGUAUUUUUGUUCCUGUGUCAACGAAAAGAAGAAAAGAAGAGCAGUCAGUGAGACCCGGCUAAGUUUCCACCAUAGACAGUUUUGUUUAAACACAACGGAAAGGUCUCCUCAUAUCUGACACCAGCCAGACGUUCACCGCCUCAGAAGAACCCCGUUUGAAGAUGAACUCCAAUGUGGAGAAUUUGCCUCCUCAUGUUCUUCGCUUGGUCUAUAAAGAAAUUUCAGCUUUAGCAGCAGACCCGCCUGAGGGUAUCAAGAUUUAUCCCAGUGAGGAAGACAUAACAGAGCUACAUACAGCAAUCGAAGGACCAGAGGGAACUCCGUUUGCUGGUGGCGUUUUCCGAAUGCGUCUGGUCCUCGGGAAGGACUUCCCUGCGGUUCCACCCAAGGGGUAUUUCCUGACCAAGAUUUUUCAUCCCAAUGUGGGUCACAAGGGAGAGAUCUGUGUCAACGUGCUGAAGAGGGACUGGAAGGCAGAACUCGGCCUCAGACAUGUGUUACUUACAAUCAAGUGUCUUCUCAUCCAUCCAAAUCCGGAGUCGGCUCUGAACGAAGAGGCCGGGCGUUUGCUGUUAGAGGACUAUGCAGAAUAUGAGUCCCGUGCUCGUCUGCUCACAGAGAUCCACGCACUGGGCGGGACCUCGGGGGAACCUCAGGACCCUAAUGACGGCCCACAGCCGAAGAAGCACGCAGGUGACCCCAUGAAGAGAGCGGGGCCCAGUGCAGCAUCUGUGCCUGCAGCUCUGGGUAACGGGGCCAGUGGAGCCAGUACCACCAGCAGUAGUAGUAGCACUAAUGUAGCAGGGAAAAAGAAAGCAGAUAAGAAGCGUGCGUUGAGGCGACUUUAAUACCUCCAUGAAAUUCUCAGUGUGCGUGUGUACGUUUGUGAGCGCGAGAGUGUGUAAAUAUAAAUAUUGAAGUGUGCUGACAAUGUUUUUGUUCCCUUUUUUCUGACUCUUUCUACCACCUAUUCAGACUGUCCACUUUGUACUCAUAUCUUAACUUCUGUUUUGCCUGCAGUUUGUCCUGUUGGCAUUACAUGUUUGUUAAUUAUUCAUAUACCUGAAGCCGUGAUGAUAAAAUGUUUCUUCCUCUUUUGAAAGGAAAGACAACACCUUCACUGCGGAAAUCAUGCCAUCCGCUGUCUUUUUUUUUUUUUUUUUUUUUUCUUCCCUGGGCCUAGUGUGAAUGAUUAAGACAGGGAAUGGGUUUCACUGUGCUAAACAUGACCUCUAAUGUCUGUCCAUUAAUGAGAUAACUACUAUUGUCUCAGGCUUGAUAUCGGCUCUCUUGAAAGUGAUUCUUGGUUAUUGCUGCUGUGAUGGUACUGUGUACUGCUCAGCCAGGCUCACUCGGGAGCCCAAACCAGGAUGUUACUUCAAAUUAAAGUCAGGUUUUCAAAUUGAACACAGAAAUAAAGGUAGAAGUUGCUAAACAAUUGUGCAAGAAGUCGUUGGGUUCACUAUUGGGAUAGAAAUGUUGUUAAUGUCACACAAAAUUGUAACAUCUUUUUAAGUAGUUUUUUUCAAAUUGCAAUCUGAAUGCGUAUGGAAGGAGUUGUAAGAGGUGUAUAAGAGGUCGGCUAUGUUCUCCAAGGUAUCUCAACCCCUUUUUAAAUUUUUCUUUUUUUCUUUUUUAUUAUUAUUUCUUUUCUAAAACUGUUUCACUGUCCAGUAUUUACAAAAGUUGUUUAUAAUUGACAUGUUCAUAUUCAGCUGUCUUGUGGUUGUGUGUGAAGACCUAGAUCCGUGACUGAGGGAACAGGGUAGUUUGCCAGAAUACUAUUAAAAAAAAAAAUGUAAUUAUCUAAUCUCUGUAUUAAACAUACAGUGGUGUGACUCGCUUAAACUAACCCUGCUUCCCUACAAAGCAGUAUGUGCUCUCAGAUACCCGGCUCUCCCACCAGCUACGUGGGUACCUGAGAAGACAUCUGUCGGAAAAACUUCCAGGUUUGAUAGAAUUUGUCUCCCCACUCGUUGCACUGGCAGGCAGAGUUUCCUGGGCAGGUUUUCUCUCUGUACUAAAUGCAUGCGGGGCCUACAUUUCCCAAGGAAACUUCACUGAAGCGCUGUCUUAAUUUGGAUGGAGAAUGUGCCUCUGAAUCUCCUGUCAUUGUGCAGACUGUUGGCUGGAUAUUUUGUGUCCAUUUUAAAUUAUUUAAAUUAAUAAAACAUUGAAAUACAAG